ACGUCCUCUUCCGUGGCCAGCGUCACCUGUUCUCUUAUAUAUAGUUUGUUUCUGCCACUUUUAGAUUUAAGUUUUGCUUAGAUUGCAUCUACACGCGUUCCGCCAAUUUAAGUUUGCUUAUAAAUUCCAGCGACGCACGCCCACACCGCUGAUAAGAACUCACGUUUCUCUCCUAACCACACCAGUCGACCGGCUGCCCGCGCAUCUUCGUUCUCGUACCAGCAGCGAAGAGCGCUGCACUCGGCGCAAUGGCGAGGGCACACCGAGCUCUGGUGCUGUGUCCAAGUCGUUCACCAUCGCCAACAACUGCGACUACACGGUCUGGCCGGGGAUCCUCUCCAGCGCAGGCUCCGUGGUGAUGGACAGCACGGGCUUCGCGCUCGCGCCGGGGGAGUCGCGGGCCAUACCGGUGCCGUCGGGGUGGUCGGGCCGGCUCUGGGGCCGCACGCUCUGCUCUACCGAUGACAACGGCAAAUUCGCGUGCGUCACGGGCGACUGCGGCUCCGGAAAGCAGGACUGCGCCGGCGGCGGGGCCGCCCCACCGGCGACGCUCGCCGAGUUCAGCAUGGACGGCAGUGGCGGCAUGGACUUCUACGACGUCAGCCUGGUGGACGGGUACAACCUGCCCGUGCUGGUAGCGCCGCAGGGCGCGGCGGCGGGGGGCAACUGCGCGCCGACGGGGUGCAUGGUGUACCUGAACGGCGCGUGCCCCGCCGAAUUGCGGGUCGCGUCGGCGUCCUCCCCGGGCGGCGUGGCGUGCAAGAGCGCGUGCGAGGCGUUCGGGUCGGCGCAGUACUGCUGCAAAGGCGAGUACGGGAACCCCCACACGUGCAAGCCGUCGGCGUACUCGCAGUUCUUCAAGAACGCGUGCCCAAGGGCGUAUAGCUACGCGUACGACGACGCCACAUCCACCUUCACAUGCGCCGGCGACACCACCGCCUACGCUAUCACCUUCUGCCCCAGCACAACUAGCGUGAAGGCGGCCGGGUCGAGCCCGCAGGCGCCGGGCCUGCCGCUGAUGAACGACACCAUGGUGUACCUCGGCGGCGACCAGCUUGGGGCCGCCGCGGCAGGGUCCCCCUCCCCUGUCCUCCACGGCAUCCUGGCCAUCGUGUCCCUCGCGCUCGCAGGCGCCAUGUACUGAUCACAAGCCCCACACCCCCGGCGGAGCACUGCUGACUGACACGAACGCGACGCGGGCCGUGCCGUGCCGUGUGACGAUCUUGCACACGGAAAAUGCAGAGACGAAGUGGACGCGUCACCUGCCUGCCUCCUGGGCCCACGAUUUGUGGAGCCCACCAACAGUGUGAUUCGACCGUGGGAGAGAGACGCCAAAGCACGCAUGAGCCCUUCGAGAGACAUAGCUGCUGCAAGGAAAUUGGAUUGGAGAAAUCAAAUUUAGUACAUUUUCUUAAUUUGAUACUUACACAUACUGGAAAUUUGGAGUUGAGUUCUUUUCUAAAGAUUCUGUUCAAUAAUUUGUAGGACGAGAAUUUCUUUUUCUUUUCUCAAUUUUUUAUAAGUUAGUGGACAUACGAAUAUCUGGUGCACGGCCGUAGAGGUGGUUGAGGUCGCAUUCUAGAUGGGAACGUUGGGAUUUGGUGGACGUGUACAUGAUAUACACGAAAUUUUGGAUAAUGUACCUGGAAUUUAGGAUGUGGAUACGGAAUAAUCAUCUUUUCUAUCACUGAAA